GGCCGUGUACUUCUCCCCGGAGGAGUGGGGGUGUCUGCGGCCCGCGCAGAGGGCCCUGUACCGGGACGUGAUGCGGGAGACCUACGGCCACCUGGGCGCGCUCGGUGAGGCCCCGGGUCAGAGCCCCCCUCCUUCACCGGGGUUCACAGGGGAGAUGAUACGGAAGGACCGAGGGGACAGUGAGCCCUAAUCCUGCACUAUCCCACCAACAGCAUCAGCCGCCUCCCAUUCCCAGGGCUCAGGUACCUCCUCGGGAGUGUUUCCAUCCCGCACCCGCUCAUUCAGGCAGGAGCACUGCAGACCCUGUCCAAGUUGAGUCUAAGUUCUGAGGAGGUGCCCUCACCCUGGCAGGGGGAUGCCAUCUCCCCAGGAUAGCCGCUCAGGCCGGCACUGUGAUCCCUGUUCUCUCCCAGGAUUCCCAGGCCCCAAACCAGCCCUCAUCUCUUGGAUGGAACAGGAGAGUGAGGCUUGGAGCCCCGCCGCCCAGGAUCCUGAGGAGGGGGAAAGCCUGGGAGGAGCUCGGAGAGGAGAUGCCCUAAACAAGAAGGAAGAGGAACCCAAGAAAGGACCAGCAGGCAAAGGACCUGGAAAAACUUCUGGGAAGGAGCGGCCUGAAGAGCUGGCUAAACACAACCCUGACUUGACUAUUAGCAUGGGCCCAGCAAGAACACAGCUACCCACGAAAGCUGCUUGGGACCAGAUCACAGGUGCACAGCCUCCUGUUCCUGUGCCCAGCGUGGAUUCUCAGGCCAGCCAGCGGCGCCAUGUGUGUGCAGACUGUGGCCGCCGCUUCACCUACCCGUCGCUGCUGGUCAGCCACCGGCGCAUGCACUCAGGUGAGCGGCCUUUCCCCUGCCCCGAGUGUGGCAUGCGCUUCAAGAGGAAGUUCGCUGUGGAAGCACACCAGUGGAUCCACCGCUCCUGCUCUGGGGGGCGGCGGGGCCGGAGGCCUGGGAUCCGGGCUGUGCCUCGGGCCCCGGUCCGAGGUGAUAGGGACCCGCCUGUCCUCUUCCGGCAUUACCCAGACAUCUUUGAGGAAUGCGGCUGAAUGACUUUCACAGGCUGGAGAUGAGCCUGACCUUGGUACUAGGGACUGCCUGAGCCCAGAGGUAGGCUCCUGAGUCAGGGCCUUGGGAACUGAAAUUCAUUCUUUGGGCUUCCCUCAAGGAUCUUUCAAGUCUUCAACUUGUAAAAAGAAAAGUGCCUGUAAAGAUGCAAAUAGAUUAAAUUUGCCAACCCCUCUCCCCAGUCUUUUGUAAAAAAAAAAAAAAAAAGAAAAAAAAAAAAGAGUGAGACACUGAACUUCUUUCAAAGUGUUAUCUCAGUGUCAGGUGCCACAGAGAUCUUUCCAUCAUCUCAGGAAACACCCGCUUCUCCUUAUCUACUUCACAGGCAAAUGCUGAGGGGGCCCAAGGCCUAGGGAGGAGACCCAGAUGGAGGGCAUAGUCAAGCCCUAACUAACUGUCACCAGUCAGAAGUCAGGGAAAUGGAAUGGGUGGGAAGAGUAUUGAUGCAUGUGGCAUAAAUCUAGUCACUGCAAUUUGCCCUAAGGCACAACUGGUAAGUCAUAUGCCCUCCCUGAGCCUCAGUUCCCUCAUCUGUAAAAUGAAGAUGAAUAAUGCCUACCUCAAAGGGUUACUGUGAAGACUGAAUUUUUAACAAGAUGUAUGACAUAGUAAAUGUGCAAUAAACAUUUGUUGAAAGUGAA